UCAAGGAGCUUUUCUUUUGAGUUUUGAAGUGUUUGGAAAAUGGAAUGCGAUUGGAAAAUUAAUGUACAAAUAAAAGUUAUCAGUGUUUUUACAUAAAAUCAUUAAUUUUUUAAAACUGACUGGUAAAUUAAAACGACCAGUGUCAUAUUUGGUACCCAAGAUUCAACUCAAACUUUACUAAUCCACCUGUGUUCAAAAUGAGCAAGAAAACUAAACCAAUAUCUUUCGGUAAAAUUAGCUUUAAUUUUACCAAAGGCAGCUUAGAUGAAAACAAGGAUGAAUCUACGUCAGGUUUCGGCACAUUUGGACGUACGCCGAUCCAGGAACAGAAGGAUAUUGAGGAAAUUGCAGACGACUUGGAAAGCCAACAUGUCCACCAAGUAAUGGGUAUUAGAAAUUUUGGCAAGAAAGCAAAGAACUUUAAUGUUGAAGAAAUGAUUGAACAAGCAAGAAAAACUGCUCAAGAAGUAAACAAGAAGAAAACAGAAGAAACUUUGACUGGAAAAAGUUCUGAUAAAAAACUUGAUGAACAAAAUGAUGAUAUCAUAGGUCCUUUACCACCAAAAUCAACAGUAAAUGAUAAAACCGGUGAUGAAUCAAGUGAUGAUGAUGAUGACUUGAUAGGGCCUCCUAUACCGUCAAAUCUGUUGGCUAAAGACCCUGAUAAAGUUAAUACUAGUGAUAGUAAAAAUGAUACAAAAAGUGAUGGAGAUAGUUAUGAUGAACUGAGCGGUUCUGAUGAUGAGGACUUGAGCUUGGAGAAACGAAUUCCCAAUACACAUGAGGUGGAAAUGCGACAUGGCACAAAAGCAGUGGUGGCUGUGGCAGUGGACCCGUCUGGUGCCAGGCUGGCGACUGGCUCAGUGGACUAUGAUGUGUCUUUUUGGGACUUUGCUGGUAUGGAUGCAUCAAUGCGAUCGUUCCGCACGCUGCAGCCUUGUGAGAACCAUCCUAUCAAGGCCCUGCAGUAUUCAGCCACGGGGGAUUCUAUCUUAGUAGUCAGCGGCUCAGCGCAGGCCAAGGUGCUGGACAGGGAUGGCUUUGAGGUGCUGGAGUGUGUCAAGGGGGACCAGUACAUUACUGAUAUGGCCAGAACCAAAGGCCACACAGCAACACUGAACAGCGGGUGCUGGCAUCCGCACAUCCGAGAAGAAUUCAUGACGUGUUCCCAGGACGGAACCCUGCGCCUCUGGCUCACGGAGAACCCUAAACAACACAAACACGUCAUCAAACCCAGACAGCAAGGCGGCCUAAAAACCAACCCAACCUCCUGCGCAUUUUCCCGAGAUGGCAACACUGUAGCUUGCGGAUGCUUUGACGGCUCCAUACAAAUGUGGGAUCACAGAAAAAAUUUCGUCAACACAACAGUAAUUUUACGGGACGCGCAUCAAAAACAGACCGAGAUUUCGUGUAUAUCCUUCUCCUACCUCGGCUCAAAUUUAGUCAGUCGAGGAAAUGACGAUACGCUUAAAAUCUGGGAUUUGAGAAACUUUAAGAAACCCUUAAAUGUGUUCGGUGACUUGUUUUCGAGGUAUGAGCAAACAGAUUGCAGUUUCAGUCCGGACGAUUCUAUGGUUUUCACCGGGGAGUCAUUACAAAGGGAUCAAGAUGUCGGUAGAUUGAGAUUUUUCAAUGCAAAAACAUUUGAACCUGUCACAGAUAUUGAAGUAACUAAAUCACAUGUAAUCAAAGGGGUAUGGCAUGCGAAACUAAACCAGAUUUUUGUCGGCUGUGGGAACGGUAUAGUCAAGUGUUAUUAUGAUAAUAAAAAGAGUCUACGUGGAGCAAAAUUAUGUAUAGUCAAGACUCAUAGAAAGAAACAAUCUAUGGAAGUUGUCAGCUCACAGCAAAUUAUCACUCCACAUGCGUUACCAUUGUUUAGACAAGAGAAGUUACGGACUAGCAAGAAGAAAAUGGAGAAGGAUAGACUUGACCCUAUGAAGUCAAGGCGUCCAGAUUUACCCAUCACAUCGGGCCAAGGAGGCAGAGUCGCUGCAUCAGGCAGUACCUUGAGUUCCUUUGUAAUAAGGAACCUUGGUUUGAGUAAGAGAGUUGAUGAUGACCAGGAUCCGAGGGAAGCCAUCCUGAAGUAUGCUAAGGAUGCAGAGGAAAACCCGUUCUGGGUUGCUCCAGCUUACAAGAAGACUCAGCCGAAACCUAUUUUUCAAGAUGGUGAAGAUGGGCCUUCGGAUGCUAAGAAACCAAAGACGGAUGAUUGAAAAAUUUAUGAAAAUCGGUCAAGUGCGAGUUGGACUUGCACACGAAGGGUUCCAUAUCCAAGAAAUAAAAAUUUAAU